UCUACUCAUUAACUGGCAGGGGCUUCUCUCGGUUCUUCAAAGAUAUCUGUCUGGGAAAGACAGAGCUGCGAUUCCAGCUUCGAUGAGUUGAUAAGACAUCAAAUUCUUAAAUCUGCGAUUUUUAUACAUUACGAUUUGAUUCCAGUUACUCAUAGCAGAUGAUAUCAACUUCCUAAAACGUUUUCUUAUGUCCUUACGGUUCACUGUGUGAUUCAUGGGUACAGUUUUUGAGAAGAAUGUCUUGCGAUGAUUUGAUCUUGAACGUGUCUAUCAGUUUCAGAAGUUCCAUUUUUGAUGAGUUAUUCAGGUUGAUGUCACGACUGGACUUAAUGGUGGACUUCUCCGAGUUUGUUUUCUUUAUGUACCGUGAGAAUGGAAAUGAGAGUAUAAGUAAGAGCUUUUGUUCUUUUGAAUCAUUGUUUUGGUUACCCUCCGCAAGAAUAUGUUGCAUUAUGACAAUAGAGAUAAUGCCAAAGAUCCACUCAUUGUUGUACACUGUAGGUGCUUGCCCUGUCUUCAUAGAUGAAUUUGUUGAGCAUAUGUACAGAUUAUUGCCGCUGCGACACGGGAUUAAGAAGUGUUCCAGGCUUAAAGAGAAAAAAUCUUAAGACGAUGAAGAAGAAGUAUCAAAAACUCAAUACUCUUAUCCGUGGCCAGUCGCCAUACUUGAAACGAAUAAGAUCAGACAAGUGUCCAAGAUGUUCAUUCAAGUCGUAUUGCGUGAUCGAGUGGAAUCGCUCACAAACGUUUGUGAGUCAUUGCUAAUAUGAUAAGUACUUAUAGAAGCGUAAUUAAGAUGCUUUUGUAAAAAAAAAAAGUUGUCAUCUAAGUAAAUUGGUUGAAUUCUGAGAGGAUUAAUGCUUAUUUUUUAUAAGAUUUGGGAGAAAACCAUGGAUUUCCGUAGUCUAGAUCAAUGUUUGAUAUCUGCUAGCACCAAGGUGAAAUUUUUUGAUGGUGAUGAUCCAUUGACCGAGUAAGUUUCAGGCAGUGAUUUUUGAGAAGCAGCAGUUGGACGUGAUUCUCCCGAGGAUUUUGAUGAAAUCAUUUAUGUGAUACAUCUACACUAUAUCAUAAUUUAACAAAAGAAAACAUGAAAAAAUAGUUUGAUAUGAUAAUUCUUUGGAAAAACAACAAAAAAUUCAACUACCAAACGACACUAUAUCAUAAAGAAUUUAGGAAUUUCAUAGAAACAUAUUUAGGGAAAUAAAAAAAGCAGAAUAAAAAUAAAGUAAUAAGGAAAAAAUAUACAGAAAAUUACCUUGAUAUAUAUGCUAAUUUUUGGAAAAUUAACAUAAAAUAUAUUAGCUAAUGUUAUAUCUAAAACUUUGUCAAAACAUACAGAUUGGCACAUCCUCAUACAAACUGAUGAUGGAUUACACAAGUUUGGUAUUAGUAAGACUAAAAAAAAACGUAAUCUAAUUUACAAUAAUAUAAUUCUUUAACAUUUUAUGAUUUAUUAAGGAUAACUUUCUAAAAAAAAAUUGAAUGAAUGCAAAUUACAUCGUAUCUAUUGGGAGUCUUUUAGAUACAUAUAUGUGUCUAAUAAAUAUAACAUAAUCAAACAUGAUGAGUAUUGACUACAUACAAAAAUAAAUAAAAAAUAUACAUGAAUAAAAUUAUUCAAAAUACUGUAACAGUAGAUUUAUAUGCAUCAUACGAUCUAUAUAAUAUUUUAAAAUAUAAUAUUAUUUUUUAUAAUCUAUAAAUAUAUUUAAACGAAGAAACCAAUUGUCAAAAAAAAUUUACUUAAGCAAAAAUAAAUAAUUUUCAAACUUUGGUUCUAGCAUCAAACUUCUGUUCACUUUAAUUUGUUAUAAUUGUGUAAAUAUUGAAAGAAGCUAUUAAAUACUUCUACACAAUUUUAGGGUUCAUAUAAAUAACUUAAAAACAAACUAAAUGAAUAAAAGAAAAUAACAUAAAAUAAUAAACUAAUCAGUUUCUAUAUAAAUAUUAUUAAUAAUAUUACUUCAUAGUAAUACAACCAGAGUAACCUACAGAGUCAGCAACAAAUGCCAAUGCUUGAUUACACCAAUAAACAAAAAUCUGACGAUAAAAAGGCUCUAAAUUACUACUAUGUCUCAUAUUAUAUGAUAUGUUGGUCAUAAAACUAAUCAAUAUUUAUUUAAAUAUUACUAAGAAUAUACAUUUAAAAUGAGUUAACCAAUAAAAUAGUAUUAUUAGUUAACAAAAAUUUGAAGAAAGUUAAAAAUAUCAAGACAUCUUACAUUUUCAACCUUCAAAUUUUCUCUAGAAAGUUUUACAUUAUGAAACUGAAAGAGAGAUAAUUAAAAUUUAUGAACAAAACAAAAAUAAAGUAAGCUAUUAAGUUAAAGGAACGUUUUAAAUAAAAAUGAAUAAAAAGUUUUAUAAAGUAACAAAAAUUGAAACACAUGGAAAAAGAUCAAUGUAAAAUAAAAGGGCAGAAAAAGCAUGUAAAAGUAGUUUUUUUUUUUGUCAUCAACAACAGACUCAUACUGACUCUGUGAACCACUCCGGUAGAUGUUGAUCCAUGUGAACGACAAACGACGGUUGUUUCCUGACACUGCGUGCUAGGCUAUCCGCUCUUGAAUUUUGCGUUCUUUUCAAGAGCGGAUAGCCUAGCACGCAGUGUCAGGAAACAACCGUCGUUUAUCGUUCACAUGGAUCAACAUCUACCGGAGUGGUUCACAGAGUCAGUAUGAGUCUGUUGUUGAUAAAAAAAAAAACUACUUUUACAUGCUUUUUCUGCCCUUUUAUUUUACAUUGAUCUUUUUCCAUGUGUUUCAAUGUUUUUAACUCUAAAUAUUUUAUUGUCUAUGUGGAUGUGGAGUUACCCGAUUGGUUUGUAGAAUAUAAUGAAUUUUUUAAGUUGCUGACAGAAAAAAUAAAAUUUAUCAGUUAAAUAAAAGACAAAUAAAAAAUAUACACAAUAUUAAGUAAUUAGUUUUUGUUUUUAAGUUAAUAAAAACAGAUAGAAUAGAUAAUGAUGAUUUUCUUUUCAUCACUGCAUUAUUAGACUAACGUUCUUAAAUAUAUAUAAUUUGCGCAUGUGUUACAAAAUAUUUAGAUUCCAACUCACGUUGGAAAACAUAAAGAUAUUCUUUUCCUAAUCAUAAAUAGAUAAAUUGUUUAAACUACUAUUUUUUGGUAUAAUUUUCAAGUUUAUUUUAACCAUAUUUACCUUUAGUUUUAAAGGGAUAAAUUGACAUUUAUGUCCCUAGGAUUAACUAAUAUAGAAUUUAAGUUUAGAUUUGAGGGAAGUUUUGGAGGAUGGAGUUUAUAAUUUUUAAAAAUAAAUAAACUAAUACUAAAAUUUUAUUUCUUAAAAUUAUAUCAAAAUAAUUAAAAAAUUUAAAAACAAACUUCAAAAAGAAAAUUUGAAAAACAUAUUUUGCAAAAAAUUAUAAAAUUUUGAAUAUAAAAACUUAUAAUUCAAAAAUUAUAAAAAAUAAAAAAAAUUAUUUAAAUAGUAAUUUAUAUUUAUGUAUCUAUAAAAUAAGGAUAUACAUGUCUUUUACCUCUUUAACGAAGAAAGUAUUUGGAAAAUAUCUUUUCAGUGAAAGUAAACAUGAAUAAUAGUAUAAACAAUGUGGUAAACUUGAAAUUCUCCCUCAUAAAUACUACAUUUAGCAAUUCUAUGAAAUUUAUGUAUUUUUAUUAUCUUAGUUUGUAUCAUUCCGAAAGUUGAAAGAUAUUUAAGAUUUAAUAAUAUUUUCAAGUUUAAAAUAUAGUAAUUAGCUAAAAUAUUAUAGAAAGUAAGAACAAAAAAGUAUUUACUUUGUUUUCAUUUGGAUUAUGAAACUAAUAUUCAAAACAUAUGUAAUUUGCUAAGCGUAUAUACCUAAAUAAAAUACAUGUAGCAAUAUGGUGAUAGCUCACAACUAGGAAUGUCUACAAGAGUCAGUAAAACCAUUCUGGAAAUCCUUUUGCAUUUGUAGCAAAUUUUAUAGUAAGCUUUGAUGCAUAAGAAUUUUUAUAAUCCCUCAAUGAUCGAUCUCAAACGAAUUGUUCUGACUUUAAUAUCUAAUGAUUGAUUUCUAAGAAGCAAGCUUAGAACUUAAAGCAAAUAGGUUGUUCUUAAGCUCUUGGAUGAUUCACUUUUGACAUGACACAAAUUCUUUGUGGGCACUUAUCGUGAAGAUGUGGAUCGUAACCAAGAAUUUAUGUUCAAUCAGCUGCAAUUCAUAAGUAAUCGGAGAUUAAAGUUUUCAUGGUGGCAAAUAUAUCACUUAAAUAAAAAAUUUUUAAAAAAAAUAUAAACUUAGCAGUCAGAUACAUACUGACUAAUAAUUCUUAUUUGCAUCGAAAGCUAUCAUUCGCUUCAUUAUCAAUCACACAGUUUUACUUUGACACAACAA